AUGAGAUUUCCCGUCGCAAACCAAAUCCUUCCCCCUGCUGCCCGUACCCAACCUCGAAGAGUAGCAUUCAACAUCAAACAAAAGGAGGAAAGGGGGAAAUCUGGUUCUGGGGAUUUUGAGAAGAAGUUGGCUCUUCCCCUGCCAACUGCUACCACUGAGAAGAAGCUUAUUAGGCAAAAGAGAUCUGGAUCCGCCUCCGAUCUUCCUCCUCCGUCAUCCACUGUGGCUUUCUCCGCCGCCUCCAUGGGGGCCGACGUCGUCGUCCCCAACGGCAAUGCGUGUAACAGGGUGGAGGACGAGUACAUCAGAAGUCACCAUCACCACCAAGUUCAAGACAAUCAGUGUAGCUCCUCCCUCGUUAAGCACGUCAAAGCUCCUCUCCAUCUCCCUGAAAGGAUGCUUUUCUGCGAAGAUAUAAUAUUCAGAAUAAAUGGAACCAUGCCGGAAGUUAUCUUGCAGGUCUAUGUUUUCGAUCGUCGACGCGAAGGGAUCGACAGGGAAGACGAUGACCCUCCUCACCUUUCCGGCGAAGACAACGACCCUCCUACCCUUCCGACGUUGGCCCUCCUCCCCUUUCCGGCGAAGACGACGAAAAAGAAUAUGAGUCAGAGCAGUGAGUUCCUCGAGAAGUUGUGGAGCGGCGUCGGAUGCACGCUAGGAAAGACAAAUCGCACGGAGCAGGGAGUAGAGCACGUUCCGGACUACAAGCGAGAGCGAUUAGGGAGCUUGCAAAAUGGAGCAAUGAGAAUGAAGAUAUUUAUGGUCCAGCAACUCUUAAUGUCGAGUUUCAACGAAAGUUAAAGAGGCUUGAGGUGGAAAAAUAUAUUGUAUUCAUUUGGUUAAUCAAAUUGAUGAAGAAUUUAAUGGAUGCAUAUUUUGGAAACUUUAAUGGUAUUUGGUGCUCUAUUUUCACAUUAGUAGUAUCCUUCCCCCAAUUCUUAUAGUUUAGUGGC